AGUGUUCAGAGUGAGUUAUGGAGCUGGUGACCCGUGCCGUCGGUUCUGUGGGCUUGACUGUCAUCGAGGCGUUACGAUCUUUCACUGAGCUCUUUCUCACACAGCCCGUGUGUGCAACGCUCACUCAACUGGCCGACACUGACCUCAGAACACUGGACGGAGAUGAUCGAGUGUUUAAGGCCAGAGAACUGUGGGAGAGUUCAGGAGCUGUUAUUAUGGCUGUGAGGAGACCUGGAUGAUUCAUGUGCAGAGAGGAGGUGUCUGAUCUCUCCUCUCUGAAGGCUCAGUUGGAUGAGUGUGGAGUGUGUCUGUAUGCGGUGGUCAAAGAGAACGUCGGCUCAGAGAUUCAGCUCUUCAGGCUGUAUUUCAGCGGGGAGAUUUUCCUGGAUCAGCAGAGGGGUUUCUUCGGGCCGCUGGAGCGCUGGAUGGGGGUCUCUGGGAUUCUGCGUGGCGGAGUCUGGAUGAACGGAUGGAGGGCGUAUCAGAGCGGAUACUGGGGAAACGUCAAGGGCGAAGGCUUUGUUUUGGGGGCCGUUUAUGUCAUCGGACCACAACAACAGGGAAUCCUCCUGGAGCACAGAGAGAUGGAGUUUGGGGAUAAAGUCCAGAAGUCUGAUGUGCUUCAAGCUGUUGAACAGAUCAAAACUCAACAAUUAUCUCUGAAAUUCAAAUAGGCUUGAACUCAAUAAGCAUUCACUUGAUCUGUCAUGGAGAUGCUUAGUUGAAUAUGAAGCUGGAAGUUGCAGGAUAUUAUUACUAUUUGCAUAUGUUAAUGUGUGUGUGUGUGUGUGUGUGUGUGUGUGUGUGUGUGUGUGUGUGUGUGUGUGUGUGUGUGUGUAGUUGAUGACAGACCGACUCUAAACUCAGAUGAAGGAGUCGUCUUGAUGUUUCACGCUCUACAUACACACACUGAAUAAAACACACACACUGCAGUCUAUUAAA